ACCUCCUCCUCCCUCGUUAUUCAGCAAUAAGCCAAAAUGUCGGCCGUCUGCUUCGUCGUGUUGUGUUGUGCAGUAGGCAAGUCUCCGUGAUCGGAGCCAUUACACCACCCUCUGCAAACACUGACACACAAAAGGAGAGGCCAGGGCAACUGACUAAGGAACCUAUUAUCUAUAUACACCAUUAAACAGUGGUAGAGAGUCAGGAAAACCCGAUAAUAAUAAUAUAUAGGCGAAACCUCAUUACCCCCAUCCAUGUCUUAAAUCAUAGUCAAAAAAUUCAUUAUCAUUUAAUAAUAAUAAUAAUAAUCACAAUCCCCGAGACCCAACAGGAAUGCGAUGAAGAAUACCAUGACAAGCUCAGCAGAUCGAAUGCGUCUUAAGGAUAAGAUUAUUACCAACGUUGCUCGGGCUAUCAAAGGGAUCCAUGAAUACCAGUUAUGCACUGGGGAAUCUGAGGUAGUGUUGACUAACAACACAUGGCAUUGUCAUCGGUUAUGUGAACAUCUUGAUCAUGCAUUUCUCCAUGGGUUACGCCAUAUUACUCAUGGCUAUUGGAAGCUGGUCACUGAAUUUACACGGAAGGAAGCUGUGAAAGAGAUAAAACAUCUACAGAGAAUAACCACAGAUUUAGGCCGAGGUCGUGCCUGGCUAUUCCUUGCAUUAAAUGAGAAUUUAUUGGAAAGUUACAUGAGAUGUUUCUUAGAAAAUACUAGUGUUGUCAAGAAAUACUAUGUACGGGAAGCUUUGGUACUUGAUCAACAGAGAAUGAAUGUUCUGGUUACUUUAACAUCUGGUCUGGAUUUUGCAUCAUUUCAACUGGAAUAUGACCUUCCAUAUUUGGAUUUGAAUGCCUCGCCUCCUAAAAGUAAACCACAGUCUGAUGCAGCUUCAGCAGAAGAUGAAGACAAAGUGUCACUUUGCAGUAUGGAAAGCUUUGCCUCCAGGAACAGCCUCUCUGCUAUUUCCAGUUCAAUGAUUGAGUCAACCGUCACCGCCACUGAUAGUGACUGCGGCAGUGUUAACAGUGACAACGGUAGUCUGAACAACAGCUUUCACCUGCCAAAACUCUAUCACGUCGGCUCACUAGAUUCAGGUUAUUAUUGUGGAGUUGACAGCAGUACGUCUCAUCGGCAGAGUAGAGGGAGUCUGACCAUGUCUGACAGUAUGUCUCUUUCGAGUAUUAGCUCAAACACAGAAGACUGCCGAUUCCGACGCAUUGAGAAUGUGUUGCCAAAUAGCCAUGUAGACGGGGAGAACAACCUUGAGGUGAUCCAUGUGAAGUCGAAGGUGUUGAAGCGGAAGAAACGGGAACAGCCACGCAUGAAGAAGGACGCCAUCGGUAAGAAUCACUUAGCGAACACUGAUAACGCCACUUUGGUGAAAACAAAUGCAACAACAACAAACAGAACGAGAGCAGCAACAAUAACAGCAGCAACAUCACUAAGAACAACACCAAGAAACAUAAGUGUAAUUACAACAAAACCAACUCCAGUAUCUAAAAGUAAUCCGAUGCUCAGUGUGCCUGAGAAAGACACCCUUUCAAACUCUUACUCAAAAGCAGUGAAGAACAAUAAGGUUCUUCAAAAGAAAGCCGUUGUCAACAAUCAAAAGAAGUCAGAGAAACAGAACGAUGUGAUUUUGGACAAUAAGACAUCGUGUGAGGAAAAGAAGGGGGAUCAGUUAAUUAGCUCCGUCAUCUUAAAUGGCAAACCUGUUGAUAUUGUAGAUAAAAAAGAGGAGAUAUUAACUGACUCGUCUCCGUCAGAAACUGUUAUCAGUGAUCAGUUACCGAAAGACGGUGACGAGGAUACUAAAGAGAACAAAGACAGUUCUGAAGCAGAAGAGGUGGAGGAGAGUGAGGGUUCGACUGAGGGCUGUGUCGAUGUGGCUGAAGUGACCUCCUUGGGUGGUUACAAUGCUGACUGCUCUUCUUCGUGUGAAGACAAGACGAGGGCUUCAUCUUGUGACCUGAUUGUCACAAACAGCGCACAGAAGCCCUCUGUCGAAGAUGAAGAGGAGGACAUUUAUUGUAAGACUGAUUCUGCCGACAGACACUCUAGCUCAGUGCCAUGUCGCAAACAGGUGUUCAGUGAUAUAUUCCCGGUUGACGAAGAUGUCCAUCUUCGUAAGAUGUAUCCCAGACAUGAUGCUGAUAGCUUGCAGGAUAACACUCUACAGCCUGACCCUGGACAAGUCAUGAUAGAUAAUCACAUUCUACUUUACCUGAUGCUGGAAAUAUUUGAAGAAAACGAAAAAUUCCUUAAGAUGUUUGUCACUCGUGAAGGUCAGAAUGAAGGGCAGACAACCCAUGUUUUUGUUGUAAUAACAGCUCAAAGUAUAUAUUUACUCAAACAAAACACUGGUGACCAGAAGUUUAUUAAAGAAUCUAGUAUUCCCUUCCAUGAAUUGGAUUAUAUUUCUCUGAGUGUUAAUAGUCAAGUAAUUAAUAUUGUAUGUGCCAACCGAAGACGUAAAUUCUGGCUGACCACAGGGGAUGAAGAAGUAUCCAGGUCAAUAAUUAAUUGUUUAUCUCAUGCCAUGGAAACCAGUUUCUUUAACAUCCCAAAACUGAGUGUUCUCACAGAUGCCACUUCUCAGCAGAUAGCAAUGAAGAAAUACAUUUCCCAAGAGACUAAGUCUUCUAUGUAUGAUGUUGAACUUCACAGUUACCAGCUGAUACACUGGGAAGAUGCUCAGUUGAGCUGCAACCAAGGGGAGUGGACCUACAAGGAGGGAUACCUUCUCCAUCGUUACCAUGACUACUUUAGGGGGUUCAUGUGGAAACCAGGUUAUUUCGUACUCAAGGAUGGAGCACUUUGUAUGUAUAACAACAAGACAGAUAGUAAACCUUCAGCUUUCAUCAACAUGGGCAUUGAGGACUGUACUGGAUGUCGACGAGCCACUGACAGCGACAGAGAGAACACCAUAGAGAUUAUGUUGACCAACGGUGAUUACUGGUACAUUGCUGCUGCUACACCACUGGAGGCCAAUGAGUGGCAACAGAGCUUCUGUCAGGCUGCCUCCGAAGUCAUGCAGAAUCGUGGAGUGGUAUCAAACAGCUGUAUUGGUUGCUGUGUUUUACUAAGUCAAAACAAGUUACUUAUGUGUCAUGAGGAUUUACAGACCAAUUUCUUCCGUACACUGGGCAGUGCCAAUUUGGAAGAUGUCACAGCUAUUCUCCAAGACAGCCAGAUCUCUUCCUAUUGCAUUCUGGAGUUUGAGUCCCAGGAAGAUGGUGUCAGUUCAGAGCAGUGGAUAUUAUAUUUCAAUUCAGACCAAGAAAAGACCAAAUUUAUUAACAAACUUAUGUACUGUUGGAAGAAACUGUUUCAGAUUGAACUUCCUAUCAACAAGUUGGACUCUCUUCAGCUGAAAAUGAAAUGCAAACGACGUGUGGAACAACUAACCGAACACUUCUCCCUACUGUCGUCCUAGUCUACAGUCACUGAUGCUCAAAUUAGGAAACGGAGUGCUCAAUAGUUGCUCAUACUGAUCCUCAGAGAGGAUGGAAAUGCUCAGUGGUCUCUCAGUGAAAGUUGGUCAGUAAAGGUGGGUGGUAUCCAAUGGUUACUCAGACUGCUCUUCAAAACCAGGGGUUGGUGAGGAGCAGGGGUCAUCACUACCUUCUGCCUUCUCCUGAUUCAGUUCUUUUGUCCAACCAAUGCUGCUGUUAUUUUGUCUCAAUUUGAACUCUCUACUCUCUACUCUUUCUCUCUCUCUCUCUCACAUGACCUGACCUCACUUGACCUGACCUCAUUUUAGUUAGUGUUUAUGUCCUCUAUUAUUAUUAUUAUUAUUUUUGUUUGUUACUCCAGCUGGUCCAGUCCAGUCCAGUCCAGUCUAGCUUGGUCUGGUAUGUUUGCUCCAGUCAACUCAGCUUGUUUAAACUAAUGGACACUGAAAGCAAGCUAUCUAGCAGUAAAAACAAACUGGCCUGUAAAACUACUACUACCACUACUACUACUUCUACUACUACUACUGAUGCUACUGCUGCUUCUUGUCCUUGUCUUCCUCCUCUGCCUCCACCUCCUUCUGCUGCUGCUGCUUGUGUGUCUCGUAUAUCAGACAUGCUCAUUGAAAGCCCAAAAGUGUGGAGCAAUGUUAAAGAUGAAGGCAGAUAACACAGCUAAGGAAGACCUUGUGUGCUAGAUUUGUUGUAGUUAGCUCCAGUGCAGUAUAGACAAAGCAAAACAGACCUGUGAUGAAAACCUUUCCAGUUGUGGCCAUCCUGUGUUUUUUUUUGUAUGUCGUGUGUUUUUAUUUAAGAUGUUAUGGUGUAAAUUUGAUGAAAAUUUCACUAUAUCUCUUUUUGGUCUAACAACCAUAUAGAUAUUCCCUCGUUGGCUGAAGAACGUUAGGAGAAUGUAAGAAUGUGUUGGAGAAAGUCGUCUGUAGACAAUCUCACCAAUGUUUUGUGAAUGUUUGGAAAAUAGUUUAAUUUCUGUUUUUGUAAGAGCAAACUGAAAUCGUUUGAGAAGAGAUGUCAAAAACGGAAAAAAAAAAUUAACACAAAUAACAAUAAGGAAUGUGUAUGUGGUCAGUCGACCUGCUAGAAAUAGCAGCAAAUUUUCCCCACAAAUCACACCUUACAAUCUUAAAUAAAGAAAAGACCUCCUAGAUAAUUUACUUCUACAUACUCCUAAAAAGACUCACUGGAUGGUCAUGGCCAGAACACCUUUGAUCAUAGGUUUGCUUUGCCUGGGUUAGCUUUUACCAAAAGUUGUUUCUGAACAAAGCAAAAAAAAAAAA